GUGCCGGGUGUGGAGAGAGAACUCCGGAGGACCGCCUGAGCUGAGCAGCACCGAGGACAGCGCCCGCGCCCUGCUCUUCCUCCAACAGCCCAGAAUUUCCUCUUUACACGCGCGCACACACACACACAUACACACACACACACACACACCCUGCGGUUCUUUCUCACCCCACUCUCGCCCUGACACACUCACGCACACAUAUUCACACACGCAGACACACACUCCGCUGUACAAUGGCAGAAUCCCACCUGCAGUCAUCCCUGAUCUCAGCCUCACAGUUUUUCGAGAUCUGGCUUCAUUUCGACGCUGACGGAAGUGGUUACCUGGAAGGAAAAGAGCUUCAGAACUUGAUUCAAGAGCUCCAGCAGGCGCGGAAGAAGGCUGGAUUGGAGUUAUCACCUGAGAUGAAAACUUUUGUGGAUCAGUAUGGGCAAAGAGAUGAUGGAAAAAUAGGAAUUGUAGAGCUGGCUCACGUAUUACCCACGGAAGAGAAUUUCCUGCUGCUUUUCCGAUGCCAGCAGCUGAAGUCCUGUGAGGAGUUCAUGAAGACAUGGAGAAGAUAUGACACUGAUCACAGCGGCUUCAUAGAAACCGAGGAGCUUAAGAACUUUCUAAAGGACCUGCUGGAAAAAGCAAACAAGACUGUUGAUGAUACAAAGCUAGCCGAGUAUACGGACCUAAUGCUGAAAUUGUUUGAUUCAAAUAAUGAUGGGAAGCUGGAAUUAACUGAGAUGGCCAGGUUACUACCAGUGCAGGAGAAUUUUCUUCUUAAAUUUCAGGGAGUCAAAAUGUGUGGGAAAGAGUUCAAUAAAGCUUUUGAGUUAUAUGAUCAGGAUGGCAAUGGAUACAUAGAUGAAAAUGAACUAGAUGCUUUACUGAAGGAUCUGUGUGAGAAGAAUAAACAGGAUCUGGAUAUUAAUAAUAUUCCAACAUACAAGAAAAGCAUAAUGGCUUUGUCGGACGGAGGGAAGCUGUAUCGAACGGAUCUUGCUCUCAUUCUCUCUGCGGGGGACAACUAGAGUUGAUGGCUACGACCAUUUACUAGUGAUACAUUGUAUCUAAAAAUAACUGCACUAUAAGGGAAGUAGGCUGUAUUUUCUUUUGUAUCUGUAAAUUUAACUGCAUAUAGAUACUUAUCCAGGAUGUGUGGCACAUUCUUUUCAGCUUGUUUCUAUACUCUUUGUAAUGUACAGAUUUUGUAAACAUAUGAUUGAAAAGCAGAAUGUCUGUGCUUAGGCCAGUCAAUACACCCAAUAAAAAAAAAAACCUAACACAUUCUUGCUUCCAUAAAUAUAGUUGGACAAGAUUUCCCUAAAAAUUCCACCAGGAUUAAUUUCUAAAAUCCUAGUCUCUGAUGUGUGAGUGCACAUUUGUCGCUGAAUAGAAGAAUGAUCAAGCCAAGCAUUCUUAUUUCAGACAAUCGUAGGUCUGCCCCACAAUAUAGUUCUAAGCUAUAUUUCCAAUUAGAAGAAAUGUGCUUUUGCAUCUUAAGUACCAAAAUAUCAAUCAGUAGUUAGUUGAGUGUGCUUCUAUGAGGUUAACAAUCUCACUAGGCAAGAUUUAGUUUAUUAAUCAACAACACAUCUGCUGCCUGAAUCCAUACCAAUUGAUUGGUUUGAGCUGAUUUGAUGACAAGGCAGGGCAGCGCUGGACAUCGCAUGAAUGUCUCAUUCUACGUUUGUAUUUUCAACGAAGCUACUGUCAAAGAAUGUGACCUUAAUCCAUUUUCUAAACUGUUUUCAUGUGUUGUAGAUUAUAAUUAUUCUAGUAAACUUCUGUAUUCUAUGUAUCCUCUGAUUAAAUUAUAUAUCAAGUAUCCUGGUGUGUAAUUUGCAUACUUCCUGGAUUUUCUUUCUAUGUAGACGGUGACUGCUGCCUCUGAAAAUACUUUUUUCAACUUUACUUUUUACUACAUAAAUGAAUUUUAAUGUCAAAUUCAUAGCACCCUGCUUGUUGAAUGUUACCUCAUUGAUAACUUUGUGUAUUCUCUGAAUUCUGUUUCAUGUUGAGAUCAGCAUUCAAAAUUGUUCUAUCUGCAAAUAAUUUCAAAUGAGUUUAAAAGAACAGCUAAGGGAGAUGCUAACGCAAUCAUAUAUCUUAUUAAGGAAAGGUGAUUCUAGAACAUUCUUUUGAGCCACAAUCCAAGUCACAGUUUCAUGUAUUUGUAGCUAAAAUAUUCUCUACUGGUUACAGCUGACAUGUAAUGACUGGUGAGUUCUGAUUUUUGAAUGUGAAGCGGCAAGCUAUGAGAGACGUGCCUGUUUGAAAUUUAUAGUUACCACCAAAGAAUUAAUGGUUCUGGGUUAGUUUGAAUGUCUCCAUGCUAUAAAGUAAUCACUGAUUUUCUCAAUUCAUAGAAAUAACAAAAAAGUGAGGUUAUCUCUUUCCCCCAAGAAUAAACAGAAAGAGAUUGCCAAAAAGUAAAAUUUAUCAAAUGAUGUGAUGUGAGCAGACUGGCUUUGCUUCUAGUGUGUAAAUGGAAGCACUGAACCUUAGGCUGAAUUUAACUAUUAAGAAUAAAUAAAGAGGAAAAUAAUCUCUUGUA